AUGAUCCGAAAGACAACACCGGCUGAAAAGCAAAAUUCCAGCUACGAGUUGGAGAUGUUGUCAGUAGUUGUGGUCUCACGUAAGUUCCGUGUGUAUCUUCUAGGCAUAGAGCUUAAAAUAAUUACAGAUUGCCAGGCACUCCAAAAAACAAUGGAUAAAAAGGAUAUUUCUCAUAAGAUAGCAGGAUGGGCUAUGGAAUUAGAAACGUUCAAAUACAACAUCGAGCAUCGGUCGGGCAACAGGAUAAAACAUGUCGAUUCCCUAAGUCGAUAUCCGGUCAUGUGUGUCAUAAUACAGUACAUUGUUCCAAGGAUAAAAAGAGCUCAAGAUGAGGACAACGAAGUUCGCUUGAUUUUAGAGAUCCUGAAGGAGAAGCCCUACCAAAACCAUUUUGUCCAGAAUAGUCUACUGUAUUCCCGGCAGGAAGGCCGAGACGUGCUUGUCGUUCCGGAGUCGAUGCAGAGUGAGAUAAUCCGAACUGCUCACGAGCGAGGUCACUUUGCUACCAAGAGAACCGAAGAGCUUACCAAGCAGGAAUAUCAUAUUCCAAAUCUCAAACAAAAAGUAGAAAAGAUUAUUUCUAACUGUGUAAAGUGUAUCCUUGGAAACAAGAAACAAGGGAAACAGGAGGGUUAUCUGCACCCUUUAACAAAGGAUAGCAUACCACUACAUACGUAUCAUAUUGACCACCUAGGACCUUUAGAGACUACAAGUAAACGGUAUCAUCAUGUUUUAGCUGUCAUCGAUGGAUUUACGAAUUUCACCUGGUUGUACCCAACAAAAUCGAUGGGAGCGAAAGAAGUGCUCCAAAAACUGGAGGGUCAAAAGGACAUUUUUGGUCAUUCGUCCCUGAUUAUCUCAGAUAAAGGAUCAGCUUUUACCUCAGACGAGUUUAAUUCUUAUUGUGAGGAGCAAGGAAUUAAACACCUAACCAUAAUGACAGGACUGCCAUGGGCAAAUGGUCAAGUGGAAAGGUUGUACAGGACUAUAAUUCCAGUGUUGACAAAACUAUCAAAAGAUGGUUUAGCCAAGUGGUAUCGUCAUAUAGAACGUCUCCAGCUGGUAUUGAACUCAACGUUCCAGAGAAGUAUUGGCUUGACCCCCUUUGAACUUCUUUUUGGAGUCCAGAUGAAAACAGAAGGUGAUUUAAUGUUAAAACAACUUCUGGAAGAGGAAAUUCAAACGGAAUUUGAAAAAAAUCGGGAAGAUCUCCGAAAGAAGGCAAAGGCACAAAUCAUGAAGGUCCAAGAAGAAAACCGUUACAGUUACAACCUAAGGCGGCGCAAAGCUACUCAAUAUAAGGAAGGAGAUUUAGUCGCGAUUAAACGCAGUCAAUUAGGACCUGGCCAAAAAAUGAGAGCAAAAUUUUACGGUCCCUAUAGAGUUUAA